AUGAGUGCCUCGCUAUGGACAGCGCUUCCAGCGGAACUGCGUGAGCAGGUCUAUGCGUAUGUGCUUACGGCGCCAUCAGGUCUUAUUUACCGCACAGGAACUGACGGGGUAGACCGCAUCUGCUCGCGUGCGAAACAGGUUGUAAAAGUAAACACGUUCGGUGGGCAUCUUCUUGAAUCGACCUACUACCUGUAUUACAAUCUCGUGGCAAUCUUUCGUAGGGCUACCAUAGCGUCUGAGGAGCUAGAAUUUAACCAAAUUCAGUACGUCAGCAGACAGUGCUAUCGAGAAUCACAUGGCCUCGAGUUCCGUUACAAUAACAUCCUGUUUGAAGAUAGCGGCAAUAUGAGCGCGGGUCAACGGUGUCGUAUUUUUGUGAACAAAGUGAUGAAGCAACGCUAUGCACAGUACUUGAACCUCUCGAUCCGUGGCUCUGGUAUCUCUUUUCAGCCGCCAGGGUCUGGCCGCAGCCCCAUUACACUGGCUCAAUUCUUUUUACAACAUCCAGAAGCGUCGCUGAAACUAUAUCAUCCCUUCUGGUCCCAACGAAAUCCUGGUUUUCUGCUUCUAGGGCUUGCUUAUGCUACUGCCAUACGCGGACACGAACUACUUGAGCGACUCGUCAGAGAACAGGGCCCUACUUUGGAUUUCAAUUUGGCUCUGAUUAGAUCGAUGCUUCCCAAAGAAGGGACGCCCCUCAACUUUCGGCUUGCUCCAUGGGAAGAGAGUCUGGACAUGUCAGCAAUACAUGAAUUGCUGGAACAAAGCUUGUUCCCUCAAAGCGAGAACAGCCCGAUAUGGCUUGAUAUAAUAGAGAGCUGGUUUUCCGAAGGCCUAUAA